CACGAAACCUGGCGGCAAUUCCCUUAUAAAAUGCCCCUUAAACCCUCUUUCGCCUCUUCAAUCGCGCUCUCUCAAAAACCCUAACCCAAAACCCUAGCCCCCUUUUCUCUCACUCUCUCUCAGGUCUUCAAUGGAGUUUUGGGGUGUUGAAGUGAAGGCUGGAGAGCCUCUAAAAGUAGUGCCAGAGGAAAGCUCUGUUAUCCACUUGUCACAGGCAACUCUGGGCGAGUUGAAAAAGGGAGGUGAUCAGUGUGUUAUCCAUGUCAAGGUUGGGAACCAAAAGCUUGUUUUGGCAAAUCUCUCAUCUGAUAAAAUGCCUCAGAUUCCCUUUGACUUGGUCUUUGACAAAGAGUUCGAGCUCUCGCACAACUUGAAAAGUGGGAGUGUCCACUUCUGUGGUUAUCAAACUUGCCUCGCAGAUGAAUCGGAUGAGGAGGACCAUUCUGUAUUCACAGAUUCAGAAGAGGAUCUCCCACUGAAUUUUACCGACAAUGGUAAAGUUGUUGCAGCAAAGCCAGCUCCACCCAAGACUAAUGCUGUCAAACCAGAAUCUUCUGGAAAGCAGAAGGUUAAUAUUGUAGAGCCAAUUAAGGAUGAGGAUGAUUCUGAUGACUCAGAUGAUGUUGAUGAUUCUGAUGACGAUGAUGACGAUAGAAGUUCUGAUGAGGACAUGCUUGGAGCUGAUAGCAGUGAUGAAGAUGAUGACGACAGUGAGGAAGAAGAGGAGACCCCAACUCCUAAGAAGAACUCCAAGAAAAGGCCCAAUGAAUCUGCUCCGAAAACUCCCGUCUCUGCUAAGAAGGCAAAGCAAGUUACUCCACAGAAGACUGAUGGAAAGAAGGGUGCCCACACUGCUACACCACACCCUGCAAAGGGAGGAAAGACGCCUGCUACCUCUGACAAGUCCAAGCCACAAACACCCAAGUCUGCUGGCGGUGAUCACUCUUGCAAGCCAUGCAACAAGUCAUUUAACUCCGAUGGUGCUCUUUCGUCUCACAAGAAGGCCAAGCACAGCGCUAAGUAGAACGAGAGGGAUGUACGGAAGCGUGACAUGUCUAUGAUAUGUAAUAUUUUUGAUAAUUGAGAUUACAGAGGGUUGGGCGUAGUGGUUGUCCUCGUGGUUUUUGAGAUCGUCGGCGUGUCCUCGUGGUUUUAGGUCCCUUUGUAUUGGAUAUUGCUCAUGAAUCUGAAGUUAGGCGUAAUAUGUUUUGAA